AUGGAGGAAUUGGAAAGAUUGAGCGUCAUAGCAAAAAUAACCGCGGAAUUUCGCAAUCAUUUGGACAUAGAUUCUCCAGAUUUAGCUGAAUUUGCAAUAUUCCUAGCAGAAUCCUCAAAGAAUCAGUUGGAAUUUCAUAACAAACUGUUGCAGAAUGGCGCUGCCAUAACCUCUCAAUUCUCAGACCAUUUGUUCAAUAUUAUACAAAAUUUGGCACCUAAUAAAUCUGCCAGUGAUAGAAUUGCUAAGAAAAAGAAUCUAGAUUUGGCGACGUCUGCAGUUACUGGAUCCUUUCCUGCGUUAUCGGUGAAAAAUAGUGAAUUGAAUCGGCCUGAGUUACUCCCACCGGAAGUUAGGCUGGAGGGUGAAAUAUCCAGAAGGGCACUUGAAUUACUUCAAAGGGAAGAGGGAUACAAAGAAUCCUCUAGUAACAGUAGUAGAGAUGGGAAAAUUUCACGCAAUCCAAAAUUGACAAAAUUUGGCAUAUAUCGCGGGACAGUAUCUAAAAUAAUGGAUUAUGGCAUAUUUAUUACUUUCCAGACUAGUGAAGGACAGAAACAAGGUCUGGCUCAUAUAUCAGAUAUUAAGAAGGAACGAAAUAAGGAUAUCGUCAAUUUGUUUAGAAGAGGUGAUUCUGUGUGGGUUAAAGUUUUGACUAUUGCCGGGAACAAGAUUAGUUUGUCAAUGAAAGAUGUGGAUCAGGUCUCGGGUUAUGACCUAGCCCCCAAACUUAUUACAGAUGAAAAAAUAACUAAUAGUCAGCCUAUAACUGGAGUUAGACCGGAUGAACCCUUUUUGAACGAAAAUGAGGGGCCCAUUGCAUAUGAUAGUAGGAAGAGGAGACUGCAAACAGAUUUGGAAUUAUGGGAACAAAAACAAUUAUGUGCCAGUGGAAUGGUUAAACGUACUGAAGAUAUGGUACAGGGGGAUUUUGAAGAGAAAUUGCAGGUCGAAAUUGAACUUGUUGAACAAGAACCUACGUUUUUGAAGGGGCAAACUAUUAGAGCGGGAGUUGAGUUAUCGCCAAUUCGUAUUGUGGCAAAUCCUGAUGGCUCAAUGUCCAGGGCCAUAUCCACCAGCGCCAUUUUAUCCAAGGAAAGGAAACAACUCAAGUUAGCUCAGGAAGAAGCACUACUUGAAUCAAUCCCUAAAGACAUGUCUAGACCAUGGGAAGACCCUAAUCCCGAGGCUGGGGAGAGGACGAUAGCUCAGGCGCUUAAAGGCAUAAGUCAUUCAUCUAGCGACCAACCGGAGUGGAAGCAGAUGUAUUUGGGUAAAUCAGUGUAUUGUGGCAAAAAAUCUACACAAUCAAUUGCCAAACAGAGGGAGAGUUUGCCAAUAUAUAAAUUAAGGAAUGAUUUAUUGGCUGCAAUAAAGGACAAUCAGAUACUCGUAGUAAUUGGUGAAACGGGUAGUGGUAAAACAACACAAAUACCUCAUUAUAUGGCCGAAGCAGGUUACUGCAAACACGGAAUGGUUGGAAUUACACAACCGCGUCGCGUCGCAGCAAUUAGUGUUGCCAAACGUGUAGCCGAAGAGUUUGGUUGUAGAUUAGGCGAGGAAGUUGGUUAUGCAAUUAGAUUUGAAGACUGUACGAGUAAAGAUACAAUCAUAAAAUUCAUGACUGAUGGGAUGUUGCUCAGGGAAGCACUAGCAGAUCCCAAUUUAUCUAAAUAUUCAAUGAUUAUGUUAGAUGAAGCACACGAGCGUACAAUUGCCACUGACGUAUUAUUUUCACUUUUGAAAGAAUGUACAAAAAAUCGCAAAGAUUUCAAACUCAUUGUGACAUCAGCCACUCUUGAAGCGGAGAAGUUUUCCGCCUACUUUUUUAAUUCAAAUAUUUUCUCCAUCCCAGGUCGCACUUUUCCCGUCGAAAUUUUGCAUGCCAAGGAACAGGAUAGCGAUUACAUCGAAGCAUCCAUAGUUACUGUAUUAAAUAUACACCUAAACGAACAUGCCGGGGAUAUACUACUAUUUCUAACUGGCCAGGAAGAUAUCGAUACUGCUUGUCGAACUUUGCAUGAGAGGAUGAAGAAGCUGGAGUCAAUGUCACCACCGCCACUAAUAAUCCUACCAGUCUAUUCAGCUCUGCCAAGUGAAAUGCAAUCAGUUAUUUUUGAACCGGCUCCCCCUGGGUGUAGGAAAUGCGUAGUAGCAACAAAUAUUGCAGAAGCAUCUCUCACGAUUGAUGGCAUAUUUUUCGUCAUUGACCCUGGAUUUUCCAAGAUAAAAAAGUAUAACCCUAGGACAGGGAUGGAUGCCCUGGUAAUCGUACCCAUUUCCCAGGCCAAUGCAAAACAGAGGAGCGGUAGGGCAGGGAGAACGGGCCCUGGGAAAUGUUACCGAUUAUACACUGAGCAUGCUUAUCACACGGAAAUGUUACCUACCCCUAUACCAGAAAUACAACGAACAAAUUUGGCAAAUGUUGUACUGCUUCUUAAGGCUAUGGGAAUUAAUGAUUUCAUAAAUUUCGACUUUAUGGACAAGCCACCAGUGGAAACACUAAUUGAUGCAUUGGACAACUUGUACCACCUAGGAGCACUAGAUGACGAUGGGCUGCUUACUAGAUUGGGAAGAAAAAUGGCCGAAUUCCCAAUGGAACCUAAUCUAUCAAAAAUGUUAUUAACUUCAGUAGAUCUUAAGUGCUCGGAUGAAAUAAUAACCAUAGUAUCAAUGCUUUCGGUGCAAAACAUAUUUUACAGGCCUCAAGACAAGCAAGCGCUGUCAGAUCAGAAGAAGCACAAGUUCAAUCAACCGGAGGGUGAUCAUAUUACUUAUCUACAAGUAUAUAGAUCGUGGUCCAAUAACCGAUUUUCGACUCUGUGGUGCCACGAGAAUUUUAUACAGGGUCGGGCACUGAAAAGAGCGCAAGAUGUCAGAAAACAAUUAAUAUCCAUCAUGGAUCGAUACCGUUUGGACAUCACAUCCGCAGGCACAGAUUAUGGACGCAUUUGCAAGGCCAUUUGCGCCGGUUAUUUUGGGCACGCCGCAAAAAGAGACGCACAAGAAGGGUAUAAAACAUUGCAAGAUAAUCAACAAGUAUAUAUUCAUCCAUCAUCUGCAUUAUACAACCGAAACCCAGAAUACAUAGUCUACCACGAAUUGGUAUUAACCACCAAGGAAUAUAUGAGAGAUUCGACCCUGAUUAAGCCUGAGUGGUUGGUAGAGUUGGCACCUACACUGUACAAGACGGCCGACUUGAAUAGGAUCUCCAAGGCUAAGGCGAGGGAGAAAAUUGAACCUUUAUACAACAAGUUUGAGGAGAAGGAUAUGUGGAGGAUUUCCAGAAGACAGGGUCAAAUACAAUAA